CAGGAAUUACUGUAAUUAAAGAGAGAACCUGAAUUACAAUGGGGGACGACAGUGAGUGGAUGAAACUGCCCAUUGACCAGAAAUGUGAACACAAGCUGUGGAAAGCCAGAUUAAAUGGUUAUGAAGAAGCCCUUAAGCUCUUCCAGAAGAUAGAUGAUGAAAAGAGUCCCGAAUGGUCCAAGUAUCUUGGAUUGAUAAAGAAAUUUGUGACAGACUCCAAUGCAGUGGCUCAGUUGAAAGGACUGGAAGCAGCACUCGCUUAUGUUGAAAAUGCUCAUGUAGCUGGGAAGACAACGGGAGAAGUAGCGUCUGGAGUUGUAAAUAAAGUGUUUAAUCAGCCAAAAGCCAGAGCAAAGGAGCUGGGUCUAGAUAUAUGUCUAAUGUAUAUAGAAAUUGAGAAAGGGGAGGCAGUACAAGAAGAAUUACUAAAGGGUCUGGACAACAAAAACCCUAAAAUCAUAGUAGCAUGUAUAGAGACACUGAGGAAAGCACUAAGUGAAUUUGGUUCAAAAAUAAUCUCACUGAAGCCAAUCAUUAAAGUAUUGCCAAAACUGUUUGAGUCUCGGGAAAAGGCUGUUCGAGAUGAAGCCAAACUCCUUGCUGUGGAGAUCUACCGUUGGAUAAGGGAUGCUCUGAGACCUCCAUUGCAGAACAUAAAUUCUGUUCAG